ACGGAUAUGUGAAUUUUUUUUUUCUUUCAACUUUUACACUUCCACUUUCUUUUUUCUUUUUCUCUCUCUUCAUUUUAUUGUUUUCUUGACCACUUUUUUCUUUUUCAUUCACCUUCGUUUUUUUCCAUGUUUCGUUUAUAUAAAACAUUGGCAAGUCCUCCUGUUCGUGUUCGCGCUACAUUGCCGUCAUUGACUUGUACAAAAUUAUACUAUUCUUCUCAACCAGAACGAAAUGCUUUAUUCGAAAAGGUCCUUAUUGCUAACAGAGGUGAAAUUGCUUGUCGUGUAAUGCGUACUGCCAAAAAAUUGGGUAUCAAGACUGUAGCUGUUUAUAGUGAAGCUGAUGUACAUGCUCAACACGUUAAAAUGGCUGAUGAAGCAUAUUUGAUUGGUCCUGCUCCUUCUGCUCAAAGUUAUUUGGAUAUUAACAAGAUUCUUGAUGUUGCUAGAUUGACAGGAUCUCAGGCUAUUCAUCCUGGUUAUGGUUUCUUGUCUGAAAAUGCAGAUUUUGCUGAUCGCGUUACAAAUGAAAAGAUCGCUUUUAUUGGUCCUUCUGGUGAUGCUAUGAGAUCUAUGGGAUCUAAAAGUGAAUCCAAGUUUAUCAUGGAAAAGGCUGGUGUACCUGUUGUUCCUGGAUAUCAUGGUGAAAAUCAAGAUGUUGGAUUUUUGAAGGAACAAGCUGAAAAGAUUGGAUACCCUGUGUUGAUCAAAGCUGUGAAAGGUGGAGGUGGUAAAGGUAUGCGUAUUGUUCGUCAUGCUGGUGAAUUCGAAGAAAUGUUGGAAUCCUCUCGUCGUGAAUCUAUUAAAUCAUUUGGUGAUGACAAGGUAUUGGUGGAAAAGUAUUUGGAGCAUCCUCGUCAUGUAGAAGUUCAAGUAUUUGCUGAUAAACAUGAUAAUGUGGUUCAUCUUUUUGAACGUGAUUGUUCAGUUCAACGUCGUCAUCAAAAGGUGAUUGAAGAAGCUCCUGCUCCUGGUCUAUCAGAAGAAAUUCGUGCUCUCUUGGGUGCCAAGGCUGUAGCUGCUGCUCGUGCUGUGGGUUAUGAAAAUGCUGGUACUGUAGAAUUCAUUAUGGACAACAUUGAUAAGCAAUUUUACUUUAUGGAAAUGAAUACCCGUUUACAAGUUGAACAUCCUGUUACUGAAAUGGUUACCAAUACAGAUUUGGUUCAUUGGCAAUUUGAAGUUGCUUCUGGAAAUCGUUUACUUUUGAAUCAAGAUCAAUUGAAAUUGUCUGGUCAUGCCUUUGAAGCUCGUGUUUAUGCAGAAAAUCCAUUAAAUAACUUCCUUCCUGAUACUGGACCAUUAUUUAAUGUACGUACACCUGCCACUUCAGAAGAUCUUCGAUUAGAAACUGGUUUUGUCCAAGGUGAUCAAAUCAGUGUACACUAUGACCCUAUGAUUUCAAAAUUGAUUGUACGUGGUGAAGAUCGUAAUGAUGCUUUACGCCGAUUCCGUCGUGCUUUAGAAGAAUACCAAGUAGUGGGAUUGACAACCAAUAUUGAUUUUAUCAAAAAAGUGGCGGAACAUCCUGAAUUUAUCAAGGGAGAAGUAGAAACUGGUUUUAUUCAGCAAUUUGAAAAGGAUUUAUUGAAAGCACCUGAAGCACCUAAUCCAGAAACAUUGGCACUUGCAGCAACAGCACUUCGGCUUCAAGAAAUACGACAAUUGAAAUUCAAUAAGCAAGAUCCUCAAAGCCCAUGGCAAUCAUUGGAUCGACCUCUUCGAUUGAAUAACAUGGAAACAACCAAAACAACCUUACAAAGCCAUGAUGGUGAAUCCUACGAUGUAUAUAUGACAACUUCUGCCAAGGCUGAUGAUAAAUCACCUCAUUUAGUGGAUGUUGAAAUCAAGCAAAGUGGAUCUACGGAUAUUAUUAAGAAAUAUGAAGCUGUGGAUAGUUAUUUGGAUGAAGAAGGUUUAGUGAUUUCAUCUUUGGAUAACAAGAAGGUCAAAUCCAAUGUAGUAUUACACAAUGAUGAUGUGAUUAUAUUCGAUGAGUUUGGUCGUACCAACAUGAAAUUACCCACGCCAGCCUAUGUUGCAGGAGGAGUCAGUGGAGCUGAUGGUGCAGGAUCUGUGAAAACACCUAUGCCUUGCAAGAUUUCCCAAGUGAUGAUCAAACCUGGACAAAAAGUAGAAAAGGGUGAUGCUAUUAUCGUAUUGGAAGCUAUGAAGAUGGAACAUGUGAUCCGUGCUCCUAUGGAUGGUGUGGUUGACCAAGUACUGUACAACGUUGGUGAUUUGGUGGAAGAAAACAAAUCUUUAGUAAUGUUUGCUGAAUAGAUAUAGAUGCUUAUAUGUGUAUGUGUGAUUAUAUUAGUAUAGUUUGUUUUUAUUUUAUUUUUUUUUGGAUGAAUAAAAGAAAAAAAAAUUAGAUAGAAAUUCGUUUUUUUUUUUCUUGUUGUACAAACUACUACCAUGAUGGUGGAUUUAGGAUUUAAAUCUUUCUUUCUUGAUCGAGAAAUUUGGAUAGAUAGUGACAAUCCAUAGAUUAAUAUCUAUCCUAUGGAGUUUAUGAAUAUACUUUUUGAUUUAUUUUUUUUCAUCGUAACAAAGAAUAUCUUAUAUGAUAAAAAAAAAAAGAAAGAGAGAAAGAAAGAAAAAGAUGGAAAAGUAACUCAAAACGUACCUGCAUUAUGGACUGGGAAU